UGUGUGUGUGUGAGGAAGGAGAGAGAGAGAGAGAAAGUAGAUGCGUGCAGACAACCUGCCUGCACGUAAUUCUGGGAGGACUCUCCGCCGAGCAACGACACAAUAAACACUCACGGAACCGCAAGAGUUUCCCUCGGCGGAGUAACUAAUAAGCACUUGAAUCACGUCACACCAUCCAGUCAGGAGUCCAUCAUCAAUCUGCAGCCAUGUAUCUGAACAGGGAGGAGGAGUACAGCAAAGGCUCCGUCUCUUUGAGCGUGCUGCUGGUGUCGUUGGCGGUAACCGUGUGUGGUGUUUGGCUGGUAGCUCUCUGCGGCGUCUGUGGAUGGUGUCAACGCAAGCUGGGGAAGAGAAAUAAACCAGGAGUGGAGUCCGUCGGGUCUCCUGAUUCAGGAAGAGGAAGAGGAGAGAAAAAAGCCAUCAAUGAUUUAGACAGAGACUUUUGGAAUAACAAUGACAGCAGUUCAGUACAGCAGCGCUGGAGCUCAUACCCGCCCAAGGAGUUUGUACUAAACAUUUCUCCUUAUGCCCCUUACGGAGAUCCACGCCUCACACUCAAGGAAGGAAAAAUGGUGGUUCUCUCUCUCGCGAUUGGAUUGGCCGAACAGGACGACUUUGCCAAUCUGCCAGACCUACAGGAAGUACCGCCCAGUCAAGAAACCCCCCCUGACAAGAGGAAUAUGGGGAAUAAGCCAGCUAACAGUCCUAAGGGUCAGCCGCCAGACGCCGACGGCCAUUCCUCAGUGUCUGACCUUGCCAACUCGCUCACUGGAGACAUGGUGAUGUUGUCUCCGGGGUCUGAAGACGACGACCACGAGGGCCCAGUGAGCGAGAAACUNGGCAGGAUUCAGUUCAGCUUGGGCUACGGCUUCCAAGACACGACUCUGACGGUGAAGAUACUCAAAGGUCAAGACCUGCCCGCUAAAGACUUCUCUGGGACGUCCGACCCCUUCGUCAAAAUCUACCUGCUGCCUGACAGAAAGCACAAACUCGAGACCAAAGUCAAGAGGAAAAAUCUCAACCCUCACUGGAACGAAACCUUCCUGUUUGAAGGGUUCCCGUAUGAGAAGGUGCGGGAGCGAACGCUGUAUCUCCAGGUGCUGGAUUACGAUCGGUUCAGCCGUAACGACCCGAUCGGAGAGGUCUCGAUUCCUCUGAAUAAAGUGGAGCUCGGACAGCUGAAGACGUUCUGGAAGGAUCUCAAACCCUGCAGUGAUGGCAGCGGAAGUCGUGGAGAUCUGCUGUUGUCUCUGUGUUAUAACCCCACUGCCAACACCAUCACUGUUAACAUCAUAAAAGCUCGCAACCUCAAAGCCAUGGACAUCGGGGGCACCUCAGGCUGGAGAGGUCUGACAUCUUUUGGAUGUGUGAAUGCAUCAGCUCGGCCCCGUCCCUCGUCUCAUCGAACCAAUCUCGCGUCUAGACCCGAAGGCUCAUGGGAGCUCAUUUGGCAGCCUUUAAAUUGGCCACUGCUGAAACGGAUCGAGUCGCAGGAACUCUGGGAGUUGUAUUUUUCCAGGUCUCAGACGCCCCGUGCGAGUAAUUAA